UGUAGUUUAACACACAUCUCUGCAGCUUCUCUACUGUUACCCACUCUUUACUCCAUCCAGACAGUGUCUUGCCCACGACCAAAAUCUAAUAAAUUAGCAAAGAUUCCCAAAGGAGUAAAUCAUGAUAAUCUAAUUAAAAUCAAAAUAACUCCAAUUGGGGAAAAAGUUAAAACAAUUAAAUGCGGUCUGUUUAACAUAAGAUCGCUUUCCUCUAAAAGUCUACUAGUUAAUGACUUGAUUUGUGAUAAUCACAUUGACUUGUUUUGCCUUACAGAAACCUGGCUGCAGCAAGAGGAUUAUGUGAGCAUAAAUGAGGCAACUCCUUCAAGCUAUUUAAAUUUUCACAUCCCCAGAAGUUCUGGGCGAGGAGGAGGAGUAGCAACAAUCUUCCAGUCUGACUUACUGAUUACUCCCAAAACAAUUAAUACCUACAACUCUUUUGAACAUUUAACCCUUAAUUUCCCUGAUCCAAAUUUCAAGGCAAGAAAACCUCUUCUUUUUGUAACUUUGUAUCGUCCACCAGGUCCUUACUCUGAAUUUUUAGAUGAGUUUUCAGAGUUCCUUUCUGAUUUGGUAUUAAAUACUGACAGGGUCAUCAUAGUGGGAGAUUUUAACAUCCAUGCUGACAUUGAAGGCGAUAGCUUAAGAGCAGCCUUUAAUGCUAUCUUAGACACUAUUGGCUUUGUUCAAAAUGUGAAUAGUCCCACGCAUUCUCAUCUUCAUACUUUGGAUCUUGUGCUGACAUAUGGCAUAGAAUGUGAAGAAAUAACAGUAUUUCCUCACAACCCUGUCCUCUCUGACCACUUUCUAAUAACCUUCAGGAUUACUUUAACAGAGUUCUCCUCCCCCAAAAGAAGGUUCAAUUUUAGUAGAUCUUUAUCAGAUAGUGCAGUUAUAAAUUUUAAAGAAUCUGCUUCACUUUCUCUCUCCUCUGUGUCACUGAGCAGUGCUGCAGAGUGCAAAAGCUUAGCUUAUUCCCCUUCACAGGUUGAUGAUUUUGUUGAUGGGGUUGCUAGUUCUCUGCGUAUUGCCUUAGACAACGCAGCUCCUUUGAAAAUGAAAACCGUUAAAAAUAGAAAGCUUGCUCCUUGGUUUAAUGCAGAGCUGCGUACUUUGAAGCAAAAUGCUAGGAAACUGGAGAGAAAAUAUCGCUCCACAGGCCUGCGAGAGUCCUUCCUAGUCUGGAAAAAUGGUUUACUGCUGUAUAAGAGGACCCUUUGUAAAGCAAGAGCAGCAUACUUCUCCUCAUUAAUAGAGGAGAAUAAGAAUAAUCCAAGAUUUCUUUUUAAUACAGUUGCCAAACUCACCCAGAGCCAUAGCUCUGUUGAACCGUCCAUUCCACCUGCUCUUAGCAGCAAUGAUUUUAUGGGAUUCUUUAUAAAUAAGAUUGAUCUUAUUAAAAAUAAGAUCAUAAGCACUCCUCUAUCCGCGAUUGUACCUGAGGUAGUCAUGGAAUCUGAACCGGGUUUAGACUGCUUUGAUCCAGUUGAACUCUCUGAAUUAGCAAAAUUAUUGUCUUCAUCUAAGCCUUCAACUUGUAUGUUAGAUCCAGUUCCAACCAGGUUAUUUAAGGAGGUAUUCCCUUUGAUCUCCUCCUCCAUUUUAGAUGUGAUUAAUCUAUCUCUGUUACAGGGAUAUGUACCUAAAGCUUUUAAGAUUGCUGUAAUUAAACCUCUGCUUAAGAAACCGUCUCUUGACCCAGAUGACUUGGUCAAUAAUAGACCUAUAUCCAAUCUUCCUUUCUUAUCCAAAAUUCUUGAGAAAGUAGUUGCCAAACAAGUUUGCGAUCACUUACACCAUAAUGAACUUUUUGAAGAGUUUCAGUCUGGCUUUAGAGCUCAUCAUAGCACUGAAACAGCUCUGGUGAAAGUCACUAAUGAUAUUCUCAGAAAGGUUACCUGUGGAGUACCACAGGGAUCAGUGCUAGGACCAAUUCUCUUUACUUUAUACAUGCUCCCAAUUGGUAGAAUUAUUAGACAGCAUGGGAUUAAUUUCCACUGUUAUGCUGAUGAUACCCAGCUAUAUCUGUCUAUAAAUCCAGAUGAAGCUAACCCAUUACAUAGAUUACAGGCAUGUCUUGAAGACAUAAAAACCUGGAUGACUCUUAACUUUCUGCUUCUGAAUGCAGACAAAACAGAAGUUAUAGUCUUUGGACCAGAGUCUCUGAAAAAGAAACUGAUUAGCCAGUCACUUCAUUUGGAUGGGAUUAAACUGAUUUCAGAUAAUAAAGUAAAAAAUCUUGGUGUUAUUUUUGAUCAGGACCUGUCAUUUAAAUCCCAUAUCAAAGAGGUUUCUAGAAUUUCCUUCUUUCAUCUGAGGAACAUUGCAAAAAUUAGAAAUAUCCUGUCCAGGGGUGAUGCUGAGAAACUAGUCCAUGCAUUUGUUACUUCAAGGCUGGACUAUUGUAAUUCUUUACUAUCAGGAAGUCCACAAACUGUAGUUAAAAGCCUUCAGCUGAUCCAAAAUGCUGCAGCCAGAGUUCUAAUGAAAAUGAAAAAGAGAGAUCAUAUCUCUCCUAUCCUGGCUUCUCUUCAUUGGCUUCCUGUUAAAUCAAGAAUAGAAUUUAAAAUCCUCCUUCUCACAUAUAAAGCCUUAAAUGGCCAAGCUCCAUCUUAUAUCAGAGAUCUGAUUGUUCCUUAUGUUCCUAACAGAGCACUUCGCUCUCAAUCUGCAGGUUUACUAGUGGUUCCUAGAAUUUUUAAAAGUAGAAUGGGAGGCAGAUCUUUUAGUUAUCAGGCUCCUCUCCUGUGGAACCAACUACCAGUUUUAGUCCGUGAGGCAGACACCCUGUCUACUUUUAAGGCUAGGCUUAAAACUUUCAUUUUUGAUAAACCCACCGGCCCAUCCGUCAACAAUCGACCAUCAUCAGCUGACCGGCCACUGGCCCACCUACCUACAGCCGACCCGCCACCGGCCCACCUGUAUACAGCCGACCGGCCCUCCUGCCGACAACCGACCCGUCAGCCCACCAGCCACCGGCCCACCUGUCUACAGCCGACCGGCCCUCCUGCCGACAACCGACCCGUCAGCUCACCGGCCACCGUCCCACCUGUCUACAGCCGACCGGCCCUCCUGCCAACAACCGACCCGUCAGCCGACCGGCCACCGCUCCACCUGUUUCCAGCCAACUGGUCAACGACAUACCUGAGGAUCCCUGGCCCUCCAGCCCUUCUUCCGUAUUGGAUGAUGUGGAUCCUCCGGUCGCUGUGGUGGUUUACGCUCGGCUGCCUUCUGGUGUCACUUGCCCAACUGCAAGCUGACGCUCUGUUCCAGUACUCCGUUGUUGAACUUCUGAAGCUCCGACGCCAUGUCGACGUCCUCCAGCCUCCACAUGGUUGCUCCAUCCCCUCCGACAUCGCCUUUCAGCCCAACCGGAGAUACAUCCACCGUGGAUCGCGUGGUAAGCGCUUUCAUAGGAACCCCGAUCCCUCCAUACAGACUCUGCUCACCACGCGCCGCCACCCUCGUCACGCUCGCCGGGGUGCUAAUCCGGCCUCCCUGGCUAGCUUACCCAGGGUGGCUAACCCCGCCCCCAAACUUAACUCUGCCACCCUCCCCCUGUCUAAAAUCACCCUCCCUCGCAUCAUCUCCUUCCGGAAUGUAAAGGACAUCAACAUUGACGCCUUCACCUCUGACAUCAGUAAUAUCCCCAGUGUAUCCGCCUGCUGCUCACCUGAUGAACUGGUUUCCCACUACAAUCAAAAUCUCCAUACUCUCCUGGACAUCCAUGCUCCUCUGAAAUCUAGAUCAGUCUCCUUCACUCACUCAGCUCCCUGGUUCACUCCUGCUCUCCGUCACCUCAAAUCUCGCGGUCGUCAGCUGGAACGCCUUGCCAAUAAAACUGGACUCACCAUUCACAAAAAUAUGUACAAGGAUCACAUUGCACUGUACAAGACUUCCCUCUCCUCUGCCAAAUCUGCAUAUUACUCUAACUUAAUCCACUCCAACCGCCACAACUCCAAAACUCUCUUUUCCCUUCUCACUUCCAUCACCAAACCUCCCGACUCCCUUCCCUAUCAUAUGCAAUCCGAUGACUUCUGCAAUAACCUUAUGUCCUUUUUCGUCUCCAAAAUCACAAAUAUCCAUAAACACCUGACCUCUUCUGGAGCUGCAGCUCCUGGAGGUGACCCGGCUACCCCCUACCCAUCUUUUGCAACCACCCUCUCCAGUUUUGACCUUCCAUCUGUUCAAGCCAUUUCUGACUUCAUUCAUAAAUCCAAACCUUCCACAUGUCAGCUCGAUCCUCUCCCGUCCACUCUGGUUAAAUCCUGCUGCUCUUCAUUUGCUCCUCUCAUCACCAAAAUCAUCCACUCUUCCUUAAGCUCUGGUUCAGUCCCCUCUGCACUCAAAACCGCUACAGUCACCCCAAUUCUGAAAAAACCUGGCCUGGACCCCACCGACUUCAACAACUUAUCCAAUCUACCCUUCAUAUCCAAAAUUCUGGAAAAAUCUGUUGCCUCCCAACUCCACAACCACCUGAUGUCCAAUAAUAUUUACGAACAGUUUCAAUCUGGCUUCCGUCCUCUGCACAGUACUGAAACAGCACUCAUCAAGAUCUCUGACGACCUCCUUAUGGCUUCUGACUCUGGACUACUUUCCAUCCUCAUUCUCCUGGACCUCACAGCAGCCUUCGACACCAUCUCCCAUGCCACUCUCCUCAGUCGACUAUCAUCCAUCGGUAUCAGCCGCACCCCUCUAACCUGGUUCACUUCAUACCUCUCAGAUAGGAUACAGUUCAUACAACUCAAAUCUCAUAAGUCCAUCUACUUCCCUGUUUCUGCUGGUGUGCCCCAAGGUUCUGUCCUGGGGCCCCUCCUGUUUAUUAUCUACAUCCUCCCUCUUGGCUACAUCCUCCUCCAUCAAAUUCCACUGCUACGCGGACGACACCCAGCUCUACCUUUCUACUCAGCCAUCUGCCUCACUCCCACCAAUCUCCCUCACCCUCUGUCUCCAAGAAAUCCAUUCUUGGUUAAGAGUCUGGGUGUCGUCCUCGACAGCACCCUCUCCUUCCAGUCCCACAUUAACAACAUCACCCGGUCUGCCUACUUCCAUCUGCGUAACAUCUCUCGUCUCCGUCCCUCCCUCACUCCCCAAACUACCGCCAUUCUUGUUCACAGUCUCAUCACUUCACGCAUCGAUUACUGUAACUCACUUCUUUUUGGCCUUCCAAACAAGUCCCUCCAGAAACUACAGCUCCUCCAAAACUCUGCAGCACGCCUGAUCACUCGGACCCCCAUUUCUCAUCAUAUCACUCCCAUCCUGCAACAACUCCACUGGCUCCCCAUCAAACAAAGAAUCAUCUUCAAACUCCUCCUAACUACAUUCAAGGCCCUUCACAGCUUGGCUCCAUCUUACAUCUCAGAUCUCCUUCACGUUAAAACUCCCACCCGCUCCCUAAGAUCCUCCCACUCCUUCCAGCUCUCCGUUCCCUCGGCCCGUCUGGUCACAAUGGGGAACCGGGCAUUUAGUCGCUCUGCUCCCCACCUCUGGAACUCCCUCCCUCCGGAUCUCCGUACUCUGGACUCCUUCCCUCUUUUCAAAUCCAGACUCAAAACUUUCCUGUUCAGACAGUCCUAUCCCAUCUAG